GCGGGACCCACUGCUCCUCCCCCCAGGGCCCCCGCGCGGCCCCCGGUCGCCCGGGCAGCGGAGGCAGCGGCGGCGGCGGAAGAGCUCGCACCCCGGCCCCGGCGAACCCUGGCAGAGAAGCCCGCGCAGGUCCCAGGAAGGUGGCGUCAGCAUCUGCAGCCGCGUCGACGUUGUCUGAGCCUCCGCGGAGGACCCAGGAAAGUCGGACUAGGACCAGGGCCCCGGGCCUCCCCACGCUCCCUAUGGAAAAGCCAGCUGCCUCAACAGAACCCCAAGGGUCUCGGCCCGCCUUGGGCCGUGAAAGUGUCCAGGUGCCCGAUGACCAGGACUUCCGCAGUUUCCGGUCAGAGUGUGAGGCCGAGGUGGGCUGGAACCUGACCUACAGCAAGGCCGGCGUGUCUGUGUGGGUGCAGGCUGUGGAGAUGGAUCGAACUCUACACAAGAUCAAGUGCCGGAUGGAAUGUUGUGAUGUGCCAGCUGAGACACUCUACGAUGUCCUGCACGACAUAGAAUACAGAAAGAAGUGGGACAGUAAUGUCAUUGAGACUUUCGACAUCGCCCGCUUGACUGUCAACGCUGACGUAGGAUAUUACUCCUGGAGGUGUCCCAAGCCCCUGAAGAACCGUGAUGUCAUCACCCUCCGCUCCUGGCUCCCCAUGGGCGCUGAUUACAUCAUUAUGAACUACUCAGUGAAACACCCUAAAUACCCACCUCGGAAAGACUUGGUCCGAGCAGUGUCCAUCCAGACGGGCUACCUCAUCCAGAGCACGGGGCCCAAGAGCUGUGUCAUCACCUACCUGGCCCAAGUGGACCCCAAAGGCUCCUUACCCAAGUGGGUGGUGAAUAAGUCAUCUCAGUUCCUGGCCCCCAAGGCCAUGAAGAAGAUGUACAAGGCCUGCAUCAAGUACCCCGAGUGGAAGCAGAAACACCAGCCUCACUUCAAGCCAUGGCUGCACCCGGAGCAGAGCCCAUUGCCCAGCCUGGCGCUGUCAGAGUUGUCGGUGCAACACGCAGACUCACUGGAGAACAUCGACGAGAGUGCGGUGACAGAGAGCCGAGAGGAGCGGGCAGGCGGUGCGGGAGGAGAGGGCAGCGACGAUGACACCUCGCUCACCUGAGUGACCCCUCUCUGCAAGGACCAAGACCAGACUGGGGUGGAACCCUGGGGCACUGAGCCUUCUGCACUUCCUCCCUUCCCCCACCUGCCUUCUGGGGGCACUGGGCUCCUGCCCAGGUGGCUGCGGCAUGGCUGGACAUGGCCCCAAUAAAUGAACCACACGGCUCCA